AUGCUGCUUGCCCCUGAGGGAGACCCGGAUGCUCCAGACAUCCCGACCCCGCACUAUUACACAGAGGCGAUUACGGGUCCUUACUCCUCUCAAUGGCAGGCAGCCAUGGAUGCCGAGAUGGCAUCCUGGAAGUCCACAGGCACCUACGUCGACGAGGUUCCCCCACCUGGGGCGAACAUAGUCGAUGGCAUGGGGAUCUUCAGGGUGAAGCGGCCGCCAGGUUCUCCGCCUGCCUUCAAGGCGCGUUACGUUGCUAGAGGCUUCAGUCACCGACAGGGAGUUAACUACUUCCAUACCUUCUCCCCCACCCCGAAGAUGACUACUCUUCGGCUGUUGCUGCACGUCGCUGCUCAGCGUGACUACGAGUUGCACUCUCUGGACUUCAGCACAGCGUUCCUACAGGGCAGCCUGCACGAGGAGAUCUGGUUGCGUCGCCCACCUGGUUUCACUGAGUCUUUUCCUCCAGGUACUCAGUGGAGUCUUCGGCAACCAGUCUACGGUCUCCGCCAGGUGCCUCGCGAGUGGCACGACACACUGAGGACUACACUUGCGGCUCUUGGGUUUGCUCCUGCUACUGCUGACCCGCCGCUGUUUCUACGCACCGACACCUCACUGCCGCUGUUCUACGUCCUUGUCUACGUCGACGACCUCGUCUUUGCCACUUCUGACACUGAGGCACUGACUCUUGUGAAGUCGGAGCUGCAGAAGAGACACACUUGCACUGACCUGGGUGAACUGCGCGGUUAUCUUGGCUUGCAGAUCACCCGGGACAGAGCUCGGCGCACCAUUACCCUGACUCAGUCACACAUGGUGCACCAGGUCCUUCAGUGCUUCGGCUUCCAGUUCCCCUCGCCACAGCCCACUCCUCUGUCUACCAACCACUCGCUCUCAGCUCCACCUUCGGACGAGUCCGUAGAGCCGAGUGGUCCGUACCCAGAGCUUGUGGGUUGCCUCAUGUACCUGAUGACGUGCACUCGACCCGACCUCGCGUACCCUCUCAGCCUCCUGGCUUGCUACGUGGCUCACGGCAGGCACCGAAAGGUGCACUGGGAUGCUGCGAAGAGGGAGCUACGCUGGUUCACCUACCUGCUGACCGACUUGGGAGAGUAG